ACUCAAUUUUUUUUAAAAAAGAAGUGGGUUAUUGACUUAUUGGGUGGUGGUCUCAAUCUCAACACGGACACAAGCUGAUUCUCCGUCGUGUCCUCCUCACCUCUCUCUCUCUCUUUCUCUCUCCUCUCUUUCUCUCUCCUCUGUUAUCCAGUUGAGAGCUUUCCAUUAUCCCGCACUCUCCGGAGAUUUUCUCUUGGUGUUCAAUAGACCCCCUUAUCCCAUCUCUUUACCUCCUAAUUUUGCAUUCUAGAUACACCAAAAAAAAUAAAGCACAAGGAAAAAAUAACUCACUUUUUUCCUUGUUCAAUUUUAUUUAUCUUUUUUUUUUUUUCAUUUUUGUUGGAAUUAUUCUGAAUAAACUUCCUUUUGUUGUUGAAUUAAUAAAUGUUCUUGCUUUUCUCCUGGAGCAAUUUUGUUUUGUUGGGUUCAAUUGUUCAAUCUAAUCGCGUUUGAAUAGUUUUUUUUAAAAAAAGUGUAAAGUUGGGUUGCAAAAUGUUGGAUUUUAUUGUCUCUAGAUAUUAGCUAGGUGUAACCCAUCAAAGUAAAUUGAUUAGAUCUUUCUGUAAAUCAUUUUCUUCAUUUUGAAUUUUCAAGUUUUGAUGGAUUUAAAUUUGGGGUUAUUUUUUUGUGGGUAUUGAAAAUUGAACCAAUUUACCUCCAAUUUGAUCAAAUCUAACAUUUGGGUCCUCAAAAGUUUGAAAGUUUGAUACAAAAUCAACAUAAAUUAGAGAAAUGUAUAGUGCACAGAACAAAAAAAACCUGCAAUAUGAGUACCAGGCUCAAGUAAUCAAUUACAGGCCAAGUCUUCAUACAAGGAGGGCAAAUUUGACAGUGAAAUUCCAAGAUAUUUAUGGGUUUUCAGUGGAAGGUAAUGUGGAUGAUGUAAAUGUUUUGAAUGAAGUUAGAGAAAAAGUUAGGGAACAAGGAAGGGUUUGGUGGGCAUUAGAAGCUAGCAAAGGUGCAAAUUGGUACCUUCAUACUCAAAUCUCAUCAACCCUUAAAGCUUCCCUUAAAUUAUCAGCUUUAGCUAAUGCUAUUACAUUGAAGAGGUUAAUUAGGAAGGGAAUUCCCCCUGUUUUGAGGCCUAAGAUCUGGUUUGCAUUGUCUGGUGCUGCUAAGAAGAAAUCCACUGUGCCUGAUAGUUAUUAUAAUGAUCUUAUUAAGGCCACUGAUGGCAAACCCACGCCCGCCACCAAACAGAUUGAUCAUGACUUGCCGCGGACUUUCCCUGGCCACUCUUGGUUGGAUACACCAGAGGGCCAUGCAGCGCUCCGACGUGUUCUUGUUGGUUACUCUUUUCGGGAUUCUUAUGUUGGUUACUGUCAGGGUUUAAAUUAUGUUGCAGCAUUAUUGUUGCUCGUUAUGAAGACAGAAGAAGAUGCUUUCUGGAUGCUUGCUGUCCUACUGGAAGAUGUUUUAGUCAAUGACUGCUACACAAAUAAUUUAUCUGGAUGCCAUGUUGAGCAGAGAGUUUUCAAGGACUUACUCACUAAAAAGUAUCCUAGGACAGCUGCUCAUUUAGAAGCCUUGGAGUUCGAUGUCUCCCUUGUUACCACUGAAUGGUUUUUGUGCCUUUUUUCAAAAAGCUUGCCUUCGGAGACAACUAUGCGUGUGUGGGAUGUCCUCUUCUACGAGGGAGCUCAAGUUUUGUUUCUUGUAGCUUUGGCUAUAUUUAAGAUGAAAGAAGAUGAGUUGCUUCUGACUCAUCAUGUUGGUGAUGUUAUACACAUUUUGCACAAAACUACUCACCAUAUGUUUGACCCUGACGAUUUGUUGACGGUUGCUUUUGACAAAAUUGGUUCUAUGACGACCAACUCAAUAUCAAAGCACAGGAAAAAGCAAGAACCCGCUGUCAUGAAAGAACUUGAUCAAAGAUUGAGACGACUAAAUUCCCUUGGUGAUGAAAGUUAACUGGCUUAGUUAAUCAAUAGACUGAAAAAGUUGUAAAUGCUCAAGGCAGAACUGCAAAUGUGGCCUGAGAUAUUUUUGUGCUUGUAAGUUGUAAUAUACAUACAGAAAUGUAGUUGAUAUAAUUUUGUAUGAUAAUAAAAACAUAAACUAAUCCCAUCCCUUUAGAGGGCAGCUUUUGCCCUUUUUCGGCUUUACGAAA